CCCGCUACACAGCGCGAGACAGAGGAGCAGGGACAGCAUUGAGUCGCGCGCCAUCCAUAAGAAUAUAUAGAAAUCACUCGAAAAAACGACAAAAAGAAGAUGAACCCAAACAUCUCCGUUUGCUGCUUAUCUCUGCUUUUACUGCUUAAUUUCGUUGGAGCCAAACCCGUCUCUGAUCUACAGACUUUGAAGCAGCUUUUAGAAGAGGAGAUCAACACGGCGCCGUACUACUCUUCCUCGGAGGAAGGUGUGGAGGUGGAGGGGAAAGAUGGGAACACAGACAAGUCAGCGGUGUUCGGAGUUCCAGAGGAGGAGGAGGAGCACCGACCGUGGGACUCCUCCGACCCCAGCAACUCGGCUCUGCAGGCGGCCAAAGAAACCGUCCUGGCGCGUCUCUUCAAAGACCUCAUGAGGACCUCCAAGCGCUCCUGGAGCCGCUACAAGAAGGGGGGGAUGAGGAGCUGCUUUGGGGUCCGACUAGAGAGGAUCGGCUCCUUCAGCGGGCUGGGAUGCUGAAGACGUGGAUGACUCGGGCUUCUCCUUCAUCUGCACUCCGGAGUGACCACAACCAGCUCCAGAAGCUCUGACUGACUCUUUAAAGGUUCCUUCAGUCUCUCCUGCCCACGCGGGUCUCAUCCAGAACUGCAAUUUUUCCCUUUUCAUAUGUGAGCUAUUAAAUAAUAAAUUAUUGAAAAUGUAUUUAUUAUUUAUUUGUUGGAUAAAGUACAGUUGCCUUGUAUUGUAGUAAAAUAAUUAUUUUGCAUAAUA